AAGCGGCCAUUUUGUGUGUUUUUCAAAGGGCAUCCGUUUUCAAAGACCCGCCUUCACGUAAAGAUAAGAAUGGAAACUAAUGAUGUUAUAACAUUUCAUCAAUGUGUUGUAUGUGAUGACAUUUUUCAACAACUUGAUGAUUUAGAAAAACACAAUAAAAUACAUGUUAAAGAAGAGAAAACUGAUGAUGUUGAUGGAUAUUGUCAUGUUAAAGAAGAGAAAACUGAUGAUGUAGAUGAAUAUUGUCAUGUUAAAGAAGAGAAAACUGACGAUGACAAUGUUGAAAACGGUUUAGAAGCAGAUGAGUUGGUUUCAUUUAACGAAAGCCAGUCAUUUAAGAAACACAUGAGAACUCAUAUAGGGGGAAAACCUUAUAAAUGUGAUGUUUGUAGUAAAUCAUUUUCAAAGAGUAGUAAUCUAGUGACACAUAUGAGAAUUCAUACAAGUGGAAAACCUUAUAAAUGUAAUUUUUGUGGUAAAUCAUUUAGUGUGAAUUGUACUUUAAAACUACACUUGAGGAUUCAUACAGGGGAAAAAACUCAAAAAUGUGAUGUUUGUAGUAAAUCAUUUGCUAAUAGAAGUCAUCUACAGAGACACAUGAGAAUUCAUACAGGUGCAAAACCUUAUAUGUGUGAUGUUUGUAGUAAAUCAUUCACUAUUAAUGGUAACUUACAGAGGCAUAUGAGAACUCAUACGGGGGGAAAACCUUUUGAGUGUGGUUUUUGUGGUAAAUCGUUCAGUGUGAAUGGUAAUUUACAGAGACACAUGAGAAUUCAUACAGGGGGAAAACCUUAUAAAUGUGAUGUUUGUAGUAAAUCAUUUGGCGAAAAUCAUCAUUUACUUGCACACAUUACGACCCAUAGUGGAGGAACACCUUAUAAAUGUGAUGUUAGUAGUAAAUCAUUUAUUAAUGAUGGUGGCCUACAAAACCACAAAAGAAUUCAUACUGAAGAAACACCUUAUAAAUGUGAUGUUUGUGGUAAAUCAUUUAGUCAAAUUAGUCAUUUACAGUUUCACGUUAGAACUCAUUCUGGUGUAAAACCUUAUAAAUGUGAUGUUUGUGGUAAAUCAUUUAGUCAAAUUAGUCAUUUACAGUUUCACGUUAGAACUCAUUCUGGUGUAAAACCGUAUAAAUGUGAUGUUUGUAGUAAAUCAUUUACCAGGAAUGGUUGUUUGCAAAGACACAUGAGAAUUCAUACAGGUGAAAAACCCUAUAAAUGUAAUGUUUGUAGUAAAUCAUUUGGUCGAGCUCAUCAUUUACAGGAUCACAUAAAAACUCAUACUCAGGCCUGGAAAUAUCAAUGUAAUGCUUGUGGUAAACCGUUUAGUGUGAAUUGUAAUUUAAAGAGACACAUGAGAAUUCAUACAGGGGAAAUAUCUUAUAAAUGUUAUGUUUGUAAUAAAUCAUUUGGUCAAACUCAUCAUUUACAGGUACACAUAAGAACUCAUACUUAGGCCUGGAAAUAACGGUUUUAGAUGUACAAGUACCUGAUAAAAUGUCAGUCACUAAUAAAAGAUCACCUGACAUUUUUAACUUAAUAUUAUUAAUAUCAAUAAAAAAAAAGACAAAUCAGUGCCGGACAAAAUGACAGACACCAGAGGUUUAGUGACGGACAAAACCUGAAUCUGUGCCUGAUAUUGUCUAUAACAGGUGCCUUAUUUGCAGGCUUGCUCAUACUGGAUAGAAAACCCUAUAAAUGAUGUGAUAUUUUUUAGUAAAUCAUUUUAUAAAAGUAAUUGUCUACAUGGUAAUCUGUACUGGAGAAAAAUUUUAUAAAAGUGAUGUUUGUGAUAAAUCAUCUCAUCAAAAUAUGGAAUACAUAAAAACUUACACUUGUGAAAAACCUUAUUCAUUUGUUUUUUGGGGGCUUGUGUUACAGAUUGAAUUAUUUCUUAAUACAAAAUUUAUGGAAAUACCUUGUUGAAUAUUGUUGGUCUACCCCUUUGAAAUGAAAUGGGGUUUAACGUCCUAUUGUUCCUAUAAUAAACUGCCAGUUGAUUUAAUCAUUUAAAACAUCCAAAGAGAGAGAGAGAAAAAUGGGGUUUAACGUCCACUCGACACAAACUAGGUCAUUUUGGGACUAACACAUGGUUCAAUUGUAUUUCAAUAAUUCGCUUGUGCGUAGGGGUCUUUUAGCGGUGGGAGGAAACUGGAGGACCCGGAGAAAAACCACGAGGUUGGACAGGCAACCCUACUCCUUGUCACGUAGAACCGGGGAAUCAAAACCAGCCUUGUAUCUUUGUUGUAUUAUUUUCAAUCAAACAGCUUCACAUAAAGAUACAUUGCUAUAAGUUAUGGUGAGUAUAUUUGGAUAUAAAUUUUAUAAAAGCAAUAUUCGGAACAGUCUCUUGUCUUUCCAGCAAUAUAAAUACAAAUAACGCUCUAACCCUAUCACUGGUCUACACCUACUGUCUGUUCCAGGUAACACUCUAACCCUGUCACUGGUCUACACCUAGGUUGGAGUCCUUGUCUUUAAAUCACAAAAUACGAAGUGGAAAUAGUUUUGGAUUAUUUAAUCUGUAAUCAACGGUACAAAGCCAGAGGGGUCAAAACCAAAAGUAUGACACAGAUGUCAGUAGCGUGUGUGUCCUCCACGGGCUCUUACGCACGCUGUGCAGCAAUGUCGCAUGGAAUUUACCAAUGUUUGAAAGAAGGCCUGGGGCAUAUUGUUCCAUUCUUGGACAAGAGCAGCUUCUAAAGCAGCAAUGGUGUGCAUCUGUGGUUUCCGAUACAGACGG